AUGUCGGGAUACCCCCAAGGUCAAGGCCAGGGAGGCCAAGGCCACCACGACUACGACGACGGAUACGGCCACGGCCAUCAAGGCAACACAGACUCGUACUAUCAAGAUGACCAGCAAUAUUAUGACAACAACGGACACAACAACCAUGGUGGCCAUCAACAAGGCGACGGUUACUAUGACGAGUCCGGGUACUACAAUGCGGACCCCAACAACCCUUAUCACCAGGAUGGCGGGUAUUACGACAAUCAUGACCAGUACCAAGACGACUACUACAACAACGGUCAAAAUGAUGGGUACUAUGACCAAGGGCACCAUGGUCAGGCCCCCAGGGGCGGGUCCGAGGAGGAUUCCGAGACGUUCAGCGACUUCACGAUGCGCUCCGACAUGGCCCGAGCGGCUGAGAUGGACUACUAUGGUCGGGGCGAUGAGCGGUACAAUAGCUACAACGACGGCCAGGGCGGUGGGCGGGGAUACCGGCCCCCGUCUUCCCAAAUUUCGUACGGCGGUAACCGCUCAUCCGGUGCGUCGACACCGAACUACGGGAUGGACUACGGCAAUGUGCUCCCCGCCGGCCAGCGUUCGCGGGAACCAUACCCUGCCUGGACGUCCGACGCCCAGAUUCCCCUCUCCAAGGAGGAGAUUGAGGACAUCUUCCUUGAUCUCACAGCCAAGUUUGGAUUCCAGCGUGACAGCAUGAGGAACAUGUAUGAUCAUCUCAUGAUCCUGCUUGACUCCCGUGCGUCGCGUAUGACGCCGAACCAAGCUCUUCUCUCGCUGCAUGCUGAUUAUAUCGGCGGCGACAAUGCAAACUACCGGAAAUGGUACUUCGCCGCGCACCUUGACCUUGAUGAUGCGGUUGGGUUCGCCAACGUCAAGAACAAGAAGGGGAAGAAGAAGAAUAAGAAGAAGAAGGGCGCGGAGGAUGAGCCCGUCGCCCUGGAGGACCUAGAAGGUGACGACUCCCUCGAGGCCGCCGAAUUUCGAUGGAAGACCCGGAUGAACCGCAUGUCGCAACAUGACCGCGUUCGCCAGAUCGCCCUCUACCUCCUCUGCUGGGGCGAGGCCAACCAGGUCCGCUUCAUGCCCGAGUGUCUGUGUUUCAUCUUCAAGUGCGCAGACGACUACCUGAACUCACCGGCUUGCCAGAACAUGGUGGAGCCGGUCGAGGAAUUUACCUUCCUCAACAACGUCAUCACGCCGCUUUACCAGUACUGCCGGGACCAGGGAUACGAGAUCUCUGACGGCGUCUACGUCCGCCGCGAAAGGGACCACAACAAGAUCAUUGGCUACGACGACUGCAACCAGCUUUUCUGGUACCCUGAAGGCAUCGAGCGUAUCGUCUUGCAAGACAAGAGCAAGCUUGUUGAUGUGCCGCCCGCGGAGCGAUAUCUCAAGCUCAAGGACGUCGAGUGGAAGAAGGUCUUCUUUAAGACCUACAAGGAGACCCGUUCUUGGCUGCACAUGCUCGUUAACUUCAACCGCAUCUGGAUUCUCCAUCUGACUAUGUUCUGGUUCUACACUGCGUACAACGCUAAGAUCCUGAUCACGCUCGACUACGAACAACAGGUCGACAACUCCCCUCCGGCGGCGGCGCAAUGGUCCUUCGUGGGCUUCGGUGGUACGAUCGCAGCGUUUAUUCAGGUCCUAGCAACACUGACGGAGUGGCUGUACGUUCCGCGUCGAUGGGCCGGUGCGCAGCAUCUGACCAAACGUCUGCUUUUCCUGCUUCUCGUUCUUGUCCUCAACGCCGCGCCUGGUGUCUACGUCUUCAUGCCAGCCACGAACAAGAAGGCAUACCUGGCCAGACAGGAGACCCAGGUUUCGCUCGCCCUCGGUAUUGUUCAGUUCUUCUUGGGUUUGAUCACGUUUCUCUUCUUCUCCAUCAUGCCGCUCGGUGGCCUUUUUGGGAGCUACCUCACCAAGAACUCGAGGAGAUACGUGGCCAGCCAGACAUUCACUGCCAGCUACCCCCGUCUCAAGGGCAACGACAUUGCUCUUUCCUUUGGCAUGUGGGCCGUCAUCUUCGGUCUCAAGUUUGGAGAGUCGUACGCCUUCCUCACGCUUUCCGUCAAGGACGCCAUCCGGAAUGUGCUCUUGAUCAACACAAGCAGCUGCAUCGGCGACAAGAUUCUAGCGAGGUAUCUCUGUCCACAUCAGCCCAAAAUCACCCUAGCGCUGAUCGUGUUCACCGAUCUGAUCUUCUUCUUCUUGGAUACCUACCUGAUGUACGUCGUCGUGAAUACUUGCAUCUCGAUCGCCCGGUCGUUCUACCUCGGCUCGUCCAUCUUGACGCCUUGGAGGAACGUCUUUUCCCGCCUGCCGAAGCGCAUGUACUCCAAAAUUCUGGCCACCACCGACAUGGCGAUCAAAUACAAGCCGAAGGUCCUCAUUUCGCAGGUCUGGAACGCCAUCGUCAUCUCCAUGUACCGCGAGCAUUUGCUGGCCAUCGACCACGUCCAGAAGCUUCUCUAUCACCAGGUUCCGUCGGAGCAAGAAGGAAAGCGCACGCUUCGCGCCCCGACCUUCUUCGUGUCCCAAGAGGACCAUUCCUUCAAGACCGAGUAUUUCCCUAGCUACAGCGAGGCCGAGCGCAGAAUUUCAUUCUUUGCCCAGUCCCUGUCGACGCCGAUCCCCGAGCCCCUUCCGGUCGACAACAUGCCGACCUUCACCGUCAUGAUUCCCCACUACAGCGAGAAGAUCCUUCUGUCGCUUAGGGAAAUCAUCCGUGAGGACGAGCCGUACUCGCGUGUCACGCUUCUCGAGUAUCUGAAGCAGCUCCACCCCCACGAGUGGGAUUGCUUUGUUAAGGACACCAAGAUUCUUGCAGACGAGACCUCGCAGUUCAACGGCGAAGAGGAGAAAGAAGAGAAAGACACCGCCAAGAGCAAGAUUGACGAUCUGCCCUUCUACUGCAUCGGUUUCAAGUCCUCGGCUCCCGAGUACACCCUUCGGACUCGUAUCUGGGCCUCGCUCCGUUUCCAGACGCUGUACCGCACGAUAUCCGGUUUCAUGAACUACAGUCGUGCCAUCAAGCUCCUUUACCGCGUUGAGAACCCUGAGGUUGUGCAAAUGUUUGGUGGCAACUCGGACAAGCUCGAGCGUGAGCUGGAGCGCAUGGCCCGUCGCAAGUUCAAGCUAGUCGUUUCCAUGCAGCGCUUUUCCAAGUUCAAGAAGGAGGAGAUGGAGAACGCCGAAUUCCUCCUCCGCGCCUACCCGGAUUUGCAGAUCGCGUAUCUUGACGAGGAGCCGCCCGUUGCGGAGGGUGAGGAGCCUCGCCUCUACUCUGCGCUCAUCGAUGGCCACUCCGAGAUCAUGGAGAACGGCAUGCGCCGGCCCAAGUUCCGCAUUCAGCUUUCUGGUAACCCCAUUCUCGGCGAUGGCAAGUCGGACAACCAGAACCAUUCGAUCAUCUUUUACCGCGGCGAGUACAUCCAGCUCAUCGACGCCAACCAAGACAACUACCUGGAGGAGUGCCUCAAGAUUCGCAGUGUCCUGGCCGAGUUCGAGGAGAUGCACACUGACGAGGUUUCUCCGUACACGCCUGGUGUGAAGACCACCGCUACCUCCCCGGUUGCUAUUCUCGGUGCUCGCGAGUACAUUUUCUCCGAAAACAUUGGUAUUCUUGGUGAUGUCGCUGCCGGAAAGGAACAGACAUUCGGUACUCUCUUCGCCAGAACUCUUGCGCAGGUUGGCGGCAAGCUCCACUAUGGUCACCCCGAUUUCUUGAACGGUAUCUUCAUGACGACUCGCGGUGGUGUCUCCAAAGCGCAAAAGGGCCUCCAUCUGAACGAGGAUAUCUACGCCGGCAUGAACGCUCUCCUCCGCGGCGGUCGCAUCAAGCACUGCGAGUACUACCAGUGUGGUAAGGGUCGUGAUCUUGGUUUCGGCUCGAUUCUGAACUUCACAACCAAGAUUGGUACCGGUAUGGGUGAGCAGAUGCUCUCUCGUGAAUACUACUACUUGGGAACACAGCUGCCCCUGGACCGCUUCCUUUCGUUCUACUACGCCCAUCCCGGUUUCCACGUCAACAACAUGUUUAUCAUGCUCUCAGUUCAGCUCUUCAUGAUCUCCAUGCUUCAGAUUGGCGCGCUCCGCCGCGAGACGAUUCCCUGCGAAUACAACCGUGAGGUGCCCAUCACUGAUGAGCUGUUCCCCACCGGCUGUGCGAACACCGAUGCCCUCAUGGACUGGGUCUACCGCAGUAUUCUGUCCAUCUUCUUCGUCUACUUCAUCUCGUUCGUCCCUCUUAUCGUCCAGGAGCUGUCCGAGCGUGGUCUGCUGCGCGCCCUCACCCGUUUCGCCAAGCAGUUCUUCUCGCUCUCGCCCUUCUUCGAAGUCUUCGUCUGCCAGAUCUACGCCAACUCGGUUCAGCAGGAUAUCACCUUCGGUGGUGCGCGCUACAUCGGUACCGGCCGUGGUUUCGCCACCGCCCGCAUUCCGUUCGGUGUGCUUUACUCUCGAUUCGCCGGCCCGUCGAUCUACCUGGGCGCCCGCAUGCUGAUGAUGUUGCUCUUUGCGACUCUCACCAUUUGGCAGGCGGCCUUGGUCUACUUCUGGGUUUCGAUGUUGGCCCUGGUUAUCUCGCCGUUCCUGUACAACCCCCAUCAGUUUGCCUGGAACGACUUCUUCAUUGACUACCGCGAUUAUCUCCGCUGGCUGUCCCGCGGUAACUCGCGCUCACACGCGUCGUCGUGGAUCGCGUUUUGCCGUCUAUCUCGUACCCGAAUCACCGGUUACAAGCGCAAGGUUCUGGGCGACCCGUCCAGCAAGGGCUCCGCUGACGUACCCCGUGCCGCCAUGGCCAACGUCUUCUGGUCCGAGAUCUUCUCCCCGCUCUGUCUCGUCGCAGUCACACUGAUCCCGUACCUGUUCGUCAACGCCCAGACCGGUGUCGCACCCAGGAAGACACACGCGACUGGCGCGCUUGCUCGGAUUGGGAUCGUCGCCUUUGCUCCUGUCGCGGUCAACGCUGGGGCUCUAGCCAUGUUCUUCGCCAUGGCCUGCUGUAUGGGCCCGCUCCUCAGCAUGUGCUGCAAGAAGUUUGGUUCUGUGCUGGCCGCCAUUGCCCACGCCAUUGCUGUCAUUAUGCUCCUUGUCUGCUUCGAGAUCUUGUAUGUGCUCGAAGGUUUCGACUUCUCCAGGACACUUCUUGGUAUGAUUACGGUCGUUGCUCUCCAGCGCUUCCUUCUCAAACUCAUUGUCGCGCUGGCCCUCACCCGUGAGUUCAAGACGGACCAGUCCAACAUUGCCUUCUGGACGGGUAAAUGGUACUCGAUGGGUUGGCACUCGAUCUCGCAGCCGGCUCGUGAGUACCUGUGCAAGAUCACUGAACUGUGCAUGUUUGCCGCCGACUUCAUCCUUGGCCACAUCAUUCUCUUUUUGAUGGUGCCCGUCAUCUUGAUCCCCCAGGUGGACAAGCUGCAUUCCGUCAUGCUCUUCUGGCUUCGCCCUAGCCGUCAAAUUCGCCCCCCGAUCUACUCGAUGAAGCAGACCAAGCUCCGGCGGAGACGUGUCGUCCGCUAUGCCAUUCUCUACUUCGUGCUCUUCGUUAUCUUCCUUGUCCUGAUUGUCGGUCCCUCGGUUGCGGGCGGUCACAUCGAUCUGUCGUCGCUCUACAAGUCAAUCGACAAUGUGGGGGGCCAGGCCCUCGUCCAGCCGACGGGGCUAAGCAACGACGACACGCGCGGUCGCACUCCGACGGGUACCGGCAGCCCGGACUACUCGGGUAUCUGGACGCCAACCACAGGCGCGUUCGCCACCGCCACCGCCACACGCGGGUGA